AUGGCGAUGGAUGGAAUAGACACUAACGGCUCCGAGGGGCCUCCUCUCCCUCCUGCCGAGCGUCCACCCACUCCACCGCCUCCUCCUCCCGAGGAAUCGGGCGCUCCGCCACCGCCGCCAGAAGCUGUGGCUCCUCCACCUCCCCCGGACGAUGUGCCUCCUCCUCCUCCCGUGGAAUCGACGAAGAAAAAGAAAGCUGGGUGGGGUGCGAAACGUCCGGCCGCUACUCCGCUGAGUGUGGAGGAGUUGAUCCGGAAGAAGAAAGAGGCCGAUGCGGCGGCGGCCAAGCCGAAAUUCUUGUCAAAGGCUCAACGUGAAAAGCUUGCACUGGAGAAACGUACCAAGGAAGUGGAGGCGGAGCGACAAGCAAAAGCGCGCGCGAACGGCGCCGAGCGCAAUGAUCUGGCAGCUGAGGCCCCCGCUCGGAGACAAGGAGAUUCGAAUGAUCGGAACGUGCCUACUGGUCCCCGAGCGAUGCGCGGCGAACUCUCGACGGGGCCAGGUGCCAAGCGCAACGCAAAUGGACAAUCGACCCGGAACCAGGACCUGGCGCCGCCCCCACCACCCAAGGCAAUGUCUUUUGGUCUGAAGGAUUCUAAGAGCGAGAAACGGCUUGCUGAGGAGGACGAAACGGCAGCACAAGCUGCCUUAGUCAAACAACGGUACAUGGGAGCGGACCAGACGUCGAACUUCUCUGCGAAGAAAAAACGGAAGCGAACAACGGACCGCAAAUUUAAUUUUGAGUGGAAUGCUGAGGAAGACACCAGCGGCGACUAUAAUCCUCUGUACCAACACCGACACGAGGCACACUUCUUUGGACGGGGCCGCCUGGCAGGCUUUGGAGAAGAUGUCGCUGACAACGUGGCGCGUAAAUAUGCGCAGGCUCUCGAAACUCAGGAUCACGAAGCAGGUGGGUUGCGUGCUAAGGAGAUUUUGGAGAUGGAGCGGCGGCGCCGUGAAGACAGCACUCGCAACCAGCUCGACAAGCAUUGGAGCGAGAAGCGGCUGGACCACAUGCGCGAGCGGGACUGGCGCAUUUUCAAGGAAGAUUUCAAUAUCAGUACCAAGGGUGGCAGCGUGCCGAACCCAAUGCGCUCUUGGGAGGAAAGCCAGCUGCCGAAACGCUUGCUGGAGCUUAUUGACCGCGUCGGAUACAAGGAGCCAACUCCAAUUCAACGUGCCGCGGUACCGAUUGCCAUGCAGUCGCGCGAUCUUAUCGGUGUCGCCGUUACAGGUUCCGGUAAGACUGCGGCGUUCCUGCUCCCGCUUCUGGUGUACAUCUCAGAGCUGCCCCGGCUCGACGAGUUCGAGUGGCGCAAAAACGACGGGCCUUACGCUAUCGUUCUCGCGCCCACCCGUGAACUGGCACAGCAGAUCGAGAUCGAAGCCAAGAAAUUCACGCAGCCGCUCGGUUUCAACGUUGUCAGUAUUGUCGGUGGUCAUUCAAUCGAAGAGCAAGCAUUCAGUCUACGUGAUGGCGCGGAGAUCAUCAUUGCGACCCCCGGUCGUCUAGUGGAUUGCAUUGAGCGCCGCAUGCUGGUGCUCAGUCAAUGCUGCUACGUGAUCAUGGACGAAGCAGACCGCAUGAUCGACCUCGGCUUCGAAGAGCCCGUCAACAAAAUCCUUGACGCACUCCCCGUCGCCAACGAAAAGCCCGACACCGAAGAAGCCGAAAAUUCGCGCGUCAUGAGCCAGCACCUCGGCGGCCGCGACCGCUACCGACAGACCAUGAUGUAUACAGCAACCAUGCCAGCGGCCGUCGAGCGCAUCGCCCGCAAAUAUCUCCGCCGCCCGGCCAUCAUCACGAUCGGCAGCGCCGGCGAGGCCGUUGACACGGUCGAGCAGCGCGUCGAGAUGGUUGCCGGCGAAGACAAGCGCAAAAAGCGACUCGCCGAUAUCCUCUCGUCAGGCGACUUCCGGCCCCCGAUCAUCGUCUUCGUCAACAUCAAGCGCAACUGCGACGCCAUCGCCCGCGAGAUCAAGCAAAUGGGCUUCUCGUCUGUUACAUUGCACGGCUCUAAGACCCAGGAACAGCGUGAGGCCGCGCUCGGCUCGGUCCGCAGCGGCGCCACCGACGUCCUGGUCGCUACUGACCUUGCCGGUCGAGGUAUCGAUGUCCCCGACGUGUCGCUCGUCGUCAACUUCAACAUGGCUUCCUCCAUCGAGAGCUACACCCACCGUAUCGGUCGUACCGGUCGUGCCGGCAAGAGUGGUGUCUCGAUUACAUUCUUGGGCAGCGAGGAUUCUGAUGUCAUGUACGACCUCAAACAAAUGCUCAUGAAAUCCCCCAUCUCCCGCGUCCCCGAGGAAUUGCGCAAGCACGAAGCCGCCCAGUCCAAACCCUCCCGUGGCCCGGGCACGAAGAAGAUCGAGGACAGUUCUGGGUUCGGAGGCAAAGGAGGAUGGGCAUGA